AGAUGGAGCUGGAGACGGAUGUAAGCAAACUGAUCAGGUACAGCGAGAAGUAUUGUGACAGUCAGUAUGAGUACAGACAUGUUACUCUACCAGAGGCUAUCAGCAAAAAAAUACCGUCGACACACCUACUCACAGAGUCAGAGUGGAGGAACCUGGGUGUCCAGCAGAGUCCAGGGUGGGUCCACUACAUGAUCCACCCUCCAGAGAAGCACAUCCUCCUCUUCCGUCGUGCUAUCUCCACCACUUCCAGAGCUACCCAGGCAGCACCUGUACCUCCUCAAGAGCUGCAAGUUGCUGGUGCUUGAUGCCUGGAGUAGUGGAGUCAGGCUUGCCUGGAGUCAAAUACCUCAAGUUUGACUGAGACUCCCGAUUAAAUAGACUCAAGCUGAUCUAAACUCUGGAACAGAUCAUGGUACAACACCUCUUUGACUAAGAAGCCUGACUAAGCUGGCUAACAAGAAUCAAGCUCUUACUUCUAUGCGAUGUGUUUUGUAGACUGUCUAAUGUCUCAUUAACGAUGUACUUGUAGAGAUGUGUAUAUAUCAAAGGACACUAGUUGACUUCUGUAUCUAGUGAGAGACAUUUUGAGAAAUAUAUUCUAUUUAUUUUGUCUAAACAUAGCUUGCUAGUUUGUGGACGAGCACAGCGAUGUUGUGUUCAUCUACAAUGUUAUCGUCUUCAAAUUUAAUUACGGUAAUAUUAUAUUGCAUAAUAUGUUUGAGUAAAGUAAUGAUCUGUAACCUUUCAGUCAGUUCUGCUGGUACUUUUUAUGAAGGUAAAGGAUCUCACCCCACUAAAAUUGUGAAAUCCACCUCAAAAUUGCCGCAUUAUUCUAAGAAAUUCACCGCAUAUUUUUGGAAUUCUUGCCGAAUUAUUGCCGUACCUUUACCGAAUUACACCCUUAUUAGACGCAUGCGUUACCGGAUUAAAACCUAAAUUUGACCCCUCCUCAUGAAAAGAUGAAAUAUGAUGCCUAAAGCUCUGUCAUGUACUCACAUCGUCGUUAAAAAGACAAUUUGUAACUAGCUGAUUUAUCAUCAUGUCACUAAAUUGCAUCGAUCACGAAAGUUCAUACUGCGAAAUUGAAUGACAGCGCAGAAUAUUAUAACUAUUUAGCGAUAAAUAUUAU